AUGGAACCGCCGACGAUGACAAACUCAAAAUCUGCACUCUUUGAAGUGUAUUUACGAUUAAGACCUCCUCCAAUAUCAACUCAACAUUUAUACCCCGCCAUACCAAUACCAGACCGCUUUCUUACUGUUGAGGAACCCACCGAGGAACAACUUCAAGAUGGAACUGCAUCUCCGACCCACAUUACCUUAAAUCCACCAAAUGACAACAGACGCAGGGCAGUGGAGAAAUUUGCUUUCACUCGGGUCUUUGAAGAAGAGAGUUCGCAGUUGGAUUUAUUUCAUGGUACAGGUGUGCUUCCUUUGGUUGAAGGGGUGCUGGCCCAAAAUGGUGGAGGUGGCAGAGAUGGUUUGCUUGCUACAUUGGGAGUCACUGGCUCUGGAAAGAGUCAUACAAUUCUUGGAUCUCGACAUCAACGCGGCCUUACACAACUUGCCCUCGAUUUACUCUUUCGUUCCAUUGACAACAAUAUCCUCGAUGUCAAUUCACACCCUGAACUACAUGGCUCCAUUGCAUCAUCGGAUCCGUCAGAAGCUCAGGUCAUGUCUGCGCAAAUGUUCCUAGAUACAUUUUACUUCGAUCCAGCCAGCUCAAGAGCUCCAACACCUCAGGUGGUACGAGUGCCUAUUCCCUAUCACCCAAGCCCAACCAAAUUAUAUCCAUAUUUGCCGCCGUUUCAGGCAACAGGAAGUCCUAAAAGCAUCAGGAUCGUGGUUCACCAGGAUAAUGAUAGUAAACCACCAGGAUGUGCGCCAGUGCCAACUCCAGGAGAAUCGACAGUAUCGAUGACUUCCUUUAUCCCUUCAUUCAUGCAAGCUACUGCAACAGCAGCCAGGAAGAUGAUUAGUACUAAAACUCCUCAAAAGGGCGAUUCUUACCAACCUACUCCGAGACGAACCAUACCUACGAGACCAUCAGCUUUGCCAAGUAGUCCGGAUAUUACGGAUAUCACCGUUGACAUAGAUCACCAUGCGGAAUAUGCGAUUCUGAUUUCGAUGUAUGAGGUUUAUAACGAUAGGAUAUUCGAUCUUUUGACGCCGGCGGUACUAAACAAAUCUACAAAAGAAUCUAGGAGAAGACCAUUGCUAUUUAAAUCUACAGAACAAUCACCCGACCGGAAGGUCGUCGCCGGGUUAAGGAAGAUUAUAUGUGGUAGCAUAAAAGAUGCACUCAUGGUCUUAGAAGCUGGUCUGAAUGAAAGAAGAGUCGCGGGUACCAAUUCUAAUAGCACAUCGUCUAGGUCGCAUGGAUUUUUCUGCGUGGAGCGGAGGCCGGAAAAAUUAAUGAGAGUUUGA